CCCAGGGCAUCGUGCCGCAGCACUUUGGGUACGAGACGCGGUCAAAGGUUAUCUGCGGCAAAAUGGCGGACACAGACGGGAAAAUCGCCGAGUUCACCGCUAAAGUAGAAAAACAGGAGGCAGAAGUUGCUGCCCUGAAAUCCCAGCUGGCACAGAUCAGGAGGGACCAGGAGAACAAUGCCCAGCUGGAGAAACUGUACACCGAGAACGCCAAACUCAAGUACCAGGCCAACCAGCUGAAGAGAAGUUUGGCAGAAGAACAGAGUAGGAAGCCUGCUCACAUGUUGAACAUCCAGCGUCAGUUGGUGGACAUCUUCAGCCUGUCCAUCCACAAGGCCUUCCCCACCCUGGCCGACCCCCCAGUCAUGGUCACUCUCAGCACGCAGGAGAAGUUUGGAGACUACCAGUGUAACAGUGCCAUGAGCAUCGGCCAGUUGCUGAAGGCCCAGGGGAAAAAGGCCGUUCCACGUGAGAUCGCCCAGGCUAUUGUCUCCAAUCUGCCAGAAAGUGGUAUCGUUGAAAAGGUAGAGAUUGCUGGUCCAGGCUUCAUCAACAUCCACGUCCGCAAGUCCUUCGUCUCUUCUAUCCUUUCCACGGCGCUACGAGAAGGCGUCAAACCUCCGCCGGUCGACAGGAAACUGAGGGUCGUCAUUGAUUACUCUUCACCCAACAUUGCGAAGGAAAUGCACGUGGGACAUCUCCGCUCCACCAUAAUCGGGGACAGCUUUGCUAGGCUCAUGAAGUUUGUUGGGCACGAUGUUCUUGGGCUGAACCAUGUGGGGGACUGGGGGACCCAGUUUGGCAUGCUGAUUGCCCACCUUCAGGACAAGUUCCCUAACUAUGUGUCAGUCUCACCACCCAUCGGUGACCUGCAGGCCUUCUAUAAGGAGUCGAAGGUUCGGUUUGAUAAUGAUGAGGAGUUUAAGAAGCGUGCGUACUCCUGUGUGGUGAAGCUUCAGAGUCGAGAACCAGACAUUAUCAAGGCCUGGAACCUCAUCUGUGACGUCUCCAGGAAUGAGUUCCAGAAGGUGUACAACCAGCUGGACAUCCGUGACUUGUUGGAGCGAGGAGAGUCCUUCUACCAGGACAGGAUGGUGCAGGUCGUCAAGGAACUGGAGGAAAAAGGCCUCCUGAAGGAAGAGGAGGGUCGUAAGGUCCUGUUCACAGACGCCUCGUCCGUUCCCCUGACCAUCGUGAAGUCGGAUGGUGGGUACACGUACGACACGUCGGACAUGGCCGCCAUCAGGCAGCGCCUGGAGGAGGAGCGUGGGGACUGGCUUAUCUACGUGGUGGAUUCAGGACAGGGUCUGCACUUCCAGUGCAUUUUUGCAGCAGCUAAGGCAGCAGGCUGGUAUGAUGCAAAGAGAAAGAGGGUGGACCACACUCCAUUUGGGGUAGUCCUUGGAGAGGACAAGAAAAAGUUUAAGACCAGGUCUGGAGAAACUGUUAGGUUGAGCGACCUGUUGGGUGAAGGUCUGCGAAGGUCCUUGGAGAAGCUUAAGGAAAAGGAAAGGGACAAGGAACUGACUCCGGAGCAGCUGGAAGCGGCACAGAAAGCCGUGGCGUACGGCUGCAUCAAGUACGCCGACCUUUCACACAGCAGGACCAACGACUACGUCUUCUCCUUUGACAGGAUGCUGGACGACCGAGGCAACACAGCCGCCUACCUCCUCUAUGCCUACACCAGGAUCAGGUCCAUUGCUCGACUGGCUAAUGUAGACGAGAGCUCCCUGAAGAAGGCAGCCCAGACUACGGAAGUGUCCCUGGACCAUCCCAAGGAGUGGAAGCUGGCCAAGUGUCUGGUGCGGUUCCCUGAGAUCAUCAGUAAGAUCCUGGAGGACCUGUACAUGCACACCUUGUGUGAGUUCAUGUAUGAGCUGUCCACCACCUUCACUGAGUUCUAUGACGUCUGCUACUGUGUGGAGAAGGACAGGAAAACAGGUGAGGUGAUAAAGGUGAACAUGGGUCGUCUGCUGCUGUGUGAAGUCACAGCCUCCAUCCUGGCCACCUGUUUCUCCAUCCUGGGCAUCACACCAGUCAACAGGAUGUAGUCAUAUAACCUACCACCAACAGCUUGUGUUGUGCAGACAGACUGUAAUCAUAACCUACGUGUAUCAUCAAUGGCUCGUGUUGUGCACAGACAGGAUGUAGUCAUAUCCCACCACCAAUUGUUCAUGUAGUUGGAGACCAUUGACAACACACUUUGAAUGUCACAUACAAGAUACAACUGCAUACAUAUUCUGACUAUACUGUUGAAUCAUAUCAAUUUUUACAUGCAAAGAUGUAUACAUAAAGAACUUUGAAUAAAUGAGGUAUCCAUACAUACUAGCUGCCACUACAUGUACAUUAAUAUAUCGGGAACCUCAGAGGAUUUACACAACAGUCUGCAGUUUUACCGUACAUGUAUGUAACAACUUUGCUGAGCACAAAAGUUUGUUUCCAAUCCUGUUCACGUCAAUCCAGUGUACCUACAAUAUACAUGCCUUACAGUGUGUGCAAAAUCUAGACAUCUGAUUUUGUAUACAUAAAGGCUACAGACCUGCAAAUGUGUAUAAGCUACACUGAUAAUGUGUGUAGGUUUAUUAUUGAUACCAAACAUCAUAUGAAACUGUACUGGACAAGACUAUUGUCUGAAUAUAUAAGAUCCCACAUGACUAAAGCUGAAGGAAUAUGGACUGAUUAAUAUGUUAUGUUUGUAACAUUAGAUAACAAACUUCAGGUAAAAGAAUUAGAUAUGCCACA